UAAAAGUUUUGUUUUUGAUACUUUGGUUAUUUUUAGAAAAUUUGGGUAGCCUUUGGACGAAGGCGCGACCCGUUUAAAUUCCAAAUUGUGUAGUGUUGCCUGGAACUGAAGGAGCCGCAAAGAUGAUGUCCAAGUUGUGUGCCAUUCUGGCGCCAAGGGCAGUUGUUCCCAGGGCCAAACGCCAUCUGCUGAACCAGGCCAUUUCGAUGGCCAGGGUAAAAGUUCGGGGAAACCACUGCUGCGGUGGAAUGAAGGUGGUGCCCUCGCGCGAGGAGCACUUGAAUGCCCUGAAGGCCGAGGAGUUCGACGUACUGAUCAUCGGCGGCGGAGCUGUGGGCUGCGGCUGCGCAGUGGACGCCGCCUGUCGGGGUCUCAAGACCGCCCUGAUUGAGGCGGAUGACUUUGCCAGUGGCGCCAGUUCGCGAUCGAGUAAACUGAUCGAUGGCAGCGGAUCCUAUCUGGGCACCGCCCUGCGGGAAAAGGACAUCGAGCAGCUGUACAUCAUGCUGCAGAUGAUGAGCGAGCGAGUGACGAUGCUGAGGAACGCGCCGCACCUGAAUCGCAUCCAGCCGAUGAUCAUACCCAUCUACAGCGUGCUGCAAAUGCCCUGCACCUGGCUGGGAUUGAAGGUCUAUGAUUUCAUGUCUGCCGCUUCGAAUGUGCGCGGAUCGCACUUUCUCUCCCGGGAGGCCACCCUCUACGAGUUUCCGCUCCUCAAGACGAAGGGUCUUCGCGGCGGAGUCGUUUACUAUGAUGGCCAGGUGGACGACGCCCGGAUGUGCAUUGCCCUCGUGAUGACGGCCGUCGCGUUGGGCGCCAAUGUGGGCAACCACCUGGAGGCGGUGGAGCUGAUGCCCCUGGAGGGCUGCUGCCGGGUGGUGGGCGUCAAGGACAAGUUGUCCGGCGAGCAGUUCUACGUCCAGGCGAAGGCAGUGAUCAAUGCCACAGGAGCCAACACGGAUAAUAUAAGGCGGAUGGACAAGGAGGGCACCGCUCCCAUCCUCCUGCCCUCGCUGGGCACCCAGGUCUCGCUGCCCCGGUACUUUGGCUCCGGACACUACGGCCUCCUGAGUCCGGCGCACAAAAAAGAUGAUCUCACCAUAUACAUGCUGCCCUUUGAGAACCACACGGUUCUGGGCAUCCGCGAGGUGGAACUGGACGAGGUGUACGGGCGGGGGCAUCCCACUCCCGAUCCGGAUGAUGUGGACUGCCUGCUGGAGGCGGCCAAGGCCAAGAUGGAUCCCUGUGUGGAGCUGGGUCGCUGUCACGUGCUCAGUGCCUGGACGGGCAUCAAGGCCAAUGUGAGUUGUCCCACCGGGAAGUCGGAGGAGGAGGAGGAGAAGCGCGGCUCCGCCAUCAGCAGCUACAUGAUCGAGGUCAGCGAGGAAGGCCUGAUCACCUUGGCCGGCGGCCGUUGGAGCAGCUAUCGUGUGAUGGCCGCCGAUGCCGUCGACAUGGCCAUCAAGUCAUGCGGCCUGUGCGACGACCAUGUGACCUCCAGUUGGACGGAGGACUUGAAGCUGGACGGCGCCGAAUCCUGGUGCUGCAUGCUGCCGCUGGAGUUUGUGCAGGACUACGAUGUGCCCAUGGAUGUGGCACAGCACAUAUCCGAUUCCUAUGGGUAUAAUGGUCAUGCUUUAUUCUCCGGUGCUCCUCCCGAGCUGAGGAAGCGCCUCCACCCCAACUUCCCGUACAUCGAGGCCGAGGUUCAGUAUGCGAUGCGCAGCGAGUACGCCUGCACUCUGGUGGACAUAGUCGCUCGGCGUCUGCGCAUCGCCUUCGUGGAUGCGGCCGCAACGCUGCACAUGCUGCCCAAGAUCCUCAAGAUGAUGGCCGAGGAGAAGGGUUGGGAGGAGGGGCAGCAGAAGAAGCAGAUGCAGGCGGCCCAGGAGUUCCUGGUGCGCCAGAUGGGUCUUGGUACCAUAGUUCGUCCCAAGAGCACAGGGAAGAGUCCGCCGAAGAAGAAGGCCUCCUCGGAGGGUUGCUGCUGCCGGGCGGCUGCUCGCAAGGAGGCCAGGAGCUACUCCAAGGGUCACCACCACCCACGGGUGGAUAGCUUCAAGCCAUUGACCACCCAGAGAUCGAGGAAAAAUGUGUCUAGCGAUCGACUAUUCUGGCCUUUGACCUCGGGCAUAACCCACCAAUCGGUGGUGGACUGUGAAGCUCGCCGGGAUCAAUCGAGGUCCAUUCCCACCGGAUGGUCAGAUAGCAAGAGGCAACUCAUCAUCAACAGUUGGCGCAACAAGUUCAUGUGCUGAAAUACUUUCAGAUAAUGUUUUAGUUUGACUUUAGCCUCGUUUGCUUUUCUAACACUUCAGGCUGAACACAAUUCGUUAUGUGCGGGUCUUUCCAAUGCCAAAAAAAUAAAUAUACGAGCACUCAAAA